GCGAGGUUUGGCUACAACUGUCCAAAGAACAAAAAUCCACCUUAUUGCCAAGGCGAGUACAAUGUUUACAGCACCUUCCAGAGCCAUGAACCUGAAUUUGACUAUUUGAAGAGUUUGGAAAUAGAGGAAAAAAUAAACAAGAUAAAAUGGUUGCCACAGCAGAACGCAGCCCACGCUCUUCUGUCAACGAACGAUAAAACUAUUAAAUUGUGGAAGAUUACCGAGCGAGAUAAGAAACCCGAGGGAUAUAAUUUAAAAGACGAGGAAGGAAAGCUCAAGGAAUUAUCUAUGGUGACCUCACUUCAGGUGCCUGUGCUGAAGCCCACUGACUUGAUGGUUGAAGUCAGCCCCAGGAAAGUUUUUGCAAAUGGCCACACCUAUCACGUGAAUUCCAUUUCGGUCAACAGCGAUUGUGAGACUUAUAUGUCGGCCGACGAUCUCAGGAUUAACCUUUGGCACUUAGCUAUCACCGACCGAAGCUUCAACAUUGUGGACAUAAAACCCGACAACAUGGAAGACUUGACCGAAGUCAUCACUGCCUCGGAGUUCCAUCCCCACCAUUGCAACCUCUUCGUCUACAGCAGCAGCAAGGGGUCCCUCCGGCUGUGUGACAUGAGGGCCUCGGCGCUCUGCGACAAGCAUUUCAAGAUUUUUGAAGAACCAGAAGAUCCCAGCAGCCGUUCCUUUUUCUCCGAAAUUAUUUCUUCGGUGUCAGAUGUCAAGUUCAGCCACAGUGGGCGCUACUUGCUAGCAAGGGAUUACCUCACUGUCAAAGUUUGGGAUCUGAAUAUGGAAACAAAGCCUAUAGAAAUAUAUCAGGUUCAUGAUUACCUUAGAAGCAAAUUGUGUUCACUCUAUGAAAAUGACUGCAUCUUUGACAAAUUUGAAUGUGCAUGGAACGGGUCCGACAGCGUCAUCAUGACCGGGGCCUACAACAACUUUUUCCGAAUGUUCGACCGAAACACGAAGCGCGACGUGACGUUGGAGGCCUCCCGCGAGAACAGCAAGCCUCGGGCGGUCCUGAAACCUCGCCGUGUGUGUGCCGGGGGCAAGAGGCGGAAAGACGAUAUCAGCGCCGAUAGCCUGGACUUCACCAAAAAAAUUUUGCACACUGCCUGGCACCCCACGGAGAAUAUCAUUGCUAUUGCGGCCACAAACAAUCUGUAUAUCUUUCAAGACAAAAUGAACACGGAAGUGCAUUAGGGUUCCUUUGGAGAGAGACAUGUCUUUGGACCAAUACUGCUACUUGCUUGAUGAGAGAAAGGCCUUUAUUGGGAAGUACACACCCUGCAAAUCAACGGAGCUUACUCCCCAAUAAAUGUCUGCAGCAAUAAGAUGUAUGUGGAUUAAUUAUUCCGUGACUCACCACCCAGUCUUUUGAUGACCACUCUAUAUUUUAAUUCAUUGCAACCGCCAUACAGUUGUCUCAAAAAUAAAUUCUCCUUAUGACCAGGUGGCUGGGGUCUGUUUCAUUACUCAUCGUUUUAUUCCGGUUUCUGAAAGACUCUUGGGUAGUCACAGGGUGGCUGGAAAGCCAAUCAAUCCAGAGGAAAGUUGUUCGAUAUGGUCCUUGUGAUCAGUUGUCAUAACCCCAACAUGAUGCUGGGGUAAAUAUAUGGCAACUUCAUCCUGCUGCCCCAGCCGGCCUUGAGAAAAAUCUUAA